ACAAUACUUAAAUACAAACCGGUUCAAAGCGAUAGGUUUGGUCAACAUAUUGUGUUUUAUCAUUAUUUUGUCAUGCUGGUGCUUCGGUAUGACCCAUAAUGCGCCGCGCUCGCCGCUCGUGACGUCACAGGCCGGAGAAGACUGACGGGUCUAAGUAGCACAAGCUAGCUCGCCUGUGUAACGGUAUACAGUCGGCUCUCGGCUGGGUCCAUCGUCACUUUAACUUUUAGAAAGGAACUUCCAGAGCCAGGCAAGUUGGUUGAAGCAGUCGAAUUGAGUCGCCACCAUCCAAAAAGGUCAUGGCGUGUGGAGCCACCCUGAAGAGGAGCAUGGAUUUCGAUCCGCUGACAAAUCCCACUUCCCCGAAAAGACGGAGAUGCAUCCCGGUUGCCCCAUCGUCUUCAACCCCUAGGAAGUACCUCCGGAUGGAGCCCUCGCCAUUUGGAGAAUCCUCUUCAAAACUUAGUGCAGAACAAAUUCUCCACAGCAUCAAACAAGAAUAUAAACGCAUCCACAAGAGGAAGCAUCUAGAUGGAAGCUACCAUCAGUCAGAGUGUUGCUAUUCUCCUGAAUCCCCAUCACAGUCCUCCAGCAUGCCAGGAACUUCCUCAGGCGGUGUCUCCCCUACUAGAAAAGAGCAACCCCUAUUCACCCUCAGACAAGUCGGAAUGAUCUGCGAACGCCUGCUGAAAGAAAGGGAAGAGAAGGUCCGCGAGGAAUACGAAGAAACCAUGACUUCAAAAUUGGCAGAACAGUACGACACUUUUGUGAAGUUUACACACGAUCAGUUGAUGCGACGAUUCGGGGAGCAGCCUGCGAGCUAUGUUUCCUGAGUGUGGCCCAGAACCUUUGCGAGACGGCCCUUCUCUUGCUGCGAGCUCCCACGCGUCAUCUCCAAGAGGAAAAGAAAAAAAAAAAGCUUGUUCGAAGAGAUUCAGUUCAGCUCGUUUCAAAUGAAAAUUUUCUUACCGUGCCAUAUAUCUGUCUUCGGGCAAAGGUUCACACGAAGCCGUUUUUUUUUUUUUCCUCAGUUCGUACCACUCUUAAGCAACUAGGUGCUUCCUAAUGUCAGUUAGUGGACCCUGUUUGGCUUCAGCUCAUCCAGCCGUUCUCGUACCUCCAGAUACUUCACUUUUGUAAGGAUUUCCAGCAUUCCAGGCCUUCCCACUUGCCUCUUGUUACAUGUAAAUACAGUCUAAAAGUUUUUACACACAAGGUUUGUUGGUGAGUCUUGCAGGGAGUGGAAGCUGGAACAGAGUUGGUGUUUGCAGUUGGUUCCCCCGUUUGUUGUUUUUUUAAGAAAAAAAAAACUGAGCAUAAAGUUGCAUUACUCUCUCCCUCCCCACCAGUGUUUAUUUAUUUGGAUUUGUUCUGCUGGUAUCACUUUCAACUAAUUGUACUUCACAUGGACAACAACAAUAAAAAUCUAAUGUUUAAUUUUAA